GCUCGGAACCAUGACAGAAGAUGACGGAUACAGUUGUCGCGGAGGGACAAGUCAAAUUUAGAGAUGGAAAAAAGUGGAAGACUCGGUGGGUCGUUCUUCGGAAGCCCUCGCCGGUCGCAGACUGUCUGUCUUUGCUGGUGUAUAAAGACAAGAAGAAAGGGAAGGAGAAGAGCAGCGGCCACAAGGAGAGGCUCAAUGUAACGCUGGAGGGGAUCUGUGGUGUGGAGCCUGGUCCUGGGUAUGACGGAGUGUCCUACAGCCUCUCCAUCCUCUGCCUGAACCACAUGCUGGUCCUGGGCUUCAACAGCAGAGACGCCCUGCUGGCGUGGGACGCCCGCAUCCGCUACAGCCUCGGAGAAGUCCACAGGUUCAGUGUCAAUGUGGAACCAGGUACCAAGCUGGAAAGCGGCCCUGCCUCCCUCCACCUGUGCAACAAUCUCCUAGUCCUCACCAAGGGCCUCCCUCCCGUCGUCAUCGGCCACUGGAAGUUGUCGGCGUUGCGUCGAUACGGUGCCGUGCAAAAUGGCUUUGUGUUUGAGGGGGGAACCCGCUGUGGAUACUGGGCCGGUGUUUUCUUCCUGUCCUGUGCAGAAGGAGAGCAGAUCAGUUUUCUGUUUGAUUGCAUCGUCAGGGGCAUCACCCCCAGCAGGGCCCCGCAUGGCGUGCGACCCAACCUGCCAGCAGAUCCCAGUGCUGACCCAGCUUCAGCAGAGGAACGAAUCAGCCAGGAGGCAUCGGAGCUGGAAAAGAGACUCAGCAUGUUGUCUAACUUCAGCCUGGCGAGCAGCACAGCCUCCACUUACAGCUGCAGCACAUCUGUUGCAGGGGACGACCGCAGCAGCAUCUCGAGCUCCUCCUCCAGUCAAUCGGACACCAGCUAUGGAAGCAGACUUCCAUUCUGGGUGGAGCCGCUCGCCAGGUUGCAUCCCUCCAGCGAGACGGCAUCAAGCUCCUCCACGCUGAAGGCUUUGACCGGUUCAGACGACCGGCUUUACGCUGCUGUGAUGGGAGUCCCCGGGAGCCGUCCAUCCUCCGCUCAGCUCCAUCCUCGCGGUCUCCAUGACAGCGGGCGGCAGAGCUCCUUAGACAGUGGGAUUGGGAUAGCGACCGGCAGUCAGUCGUCCUACUCAGGGAGCUACUCCUCGUGUACAGGGAGUCUGGACAUGGCUAGCCAGGGUGGAGGGGAGGAGUUUGGCUCAGUGGCCAGCCUACCUGCAGCUCCUUCUCUUCUGUCUUUACCUCCUCCUGCUCCUCCACCAACUCCUCCACCUUCCCCUUGUCAGCCCCUACCUGCCCCAGAGAACAGAACCUCAUCUUCAUGCUCCUCCAGGUCUGCCUCUCGUGCAUCCCGCAGGCACAGUGAGGAGUACCAGAUCCCCAGCCUGCUCAGACUGAGGUACGACACCCCCAGGAGUCUGCUCCAGGCCCUGUCUCUGAGAGAUUCCCAGGGAGGCCCGCCUGAGCUGGGCAGGGACAGCAGGAUCAGUGGGGAUGGAGGUGGUAGUCAGGGACAAAAGUUGAGCCCCAAAGGACUGAAGGCUCAGUGUCAGGCAAUAAUGCAGCGCUCGUUCUCCUGGAGCAGUGAGAGAGCACCCUCUGUGGACAGUGAGGGGAGGUCCACACCCAGACCCCUGCUAGUCCACGAAGGCUCUGUUGGUGGAGAAACACAGUGCAGUCAUGGGUUAGACAACUACAUUACUCCAGAGCAGUGGCGGUCAGCGAGGAACAGAUGCUUGACUCAGGUUGACAUCUCUCCAUUGGCAGGCAGCCAGUCAGCUUCUGCAGAUACAAAAGACCCUUCUCUCUGUGUGACGGAAGAACACACUGACAGUGGGGAUGUUGGUUGGAAGCUGGCAGGUCUGAAGAGGUUUUUGAAUUCUCGGCCACCUUCUGCUCCUCCACUUCCUCCUGUCACACUGAGCACACACCGGCCAACAUCAGCUUGGGGUGUGUUUCAGUCUCCACAUGAAGCUCCUCCGUCCCUGGACGCCAGGCCUCACGGCGACAGCUCUGUUAAUUAUGUCAACAUCCCCAUUAGCCCCCUCCCGGCUAGAACCAGAGAGCUGCACUACACUGAGCUGGAUCUGCAGGAGCCCGGUUCAGCUCCGCACAGCGCUGUGAGAGGUAACGCUUUGCAGCUCUGCAGAACCAAAGAGGGCUCCAUCAGAUACGCCCACCUGGACAUCACUGCCAUGGAAACGGCUCAGAGAGUGGCGAUGGAGCAUGUUCAGGGCAGAGAGGACAGACUGACUCAGCUGGAGAGCAGGCGGCGAGGGCCACCAAAGUGACUCGGUGACACUUCAGAAUACUUUUUCUAUUCUCUCCAUCUCUCGGAAUAAGCUAAAAUGCUCAAAUACAGUUGCUCAUCAUACCAGUCAUUGUUGACUUAAACACAGCCGCAGUUGUGCCAGUGUACAGAAAUUCCCACAAACAAUCCAUUCCACUAAGAAUAAUAAUGAAAAAAAAAAUGUCUGGGAGUUCUCUUAUGCAGCUGCCAUCUUGUCUUGUUUAGGUGUAAUUUCUUAUAUAGUUGUUCUUAAAUUAGCGUUUUUUGCAUUUUACUUGAUCACCUUUACUCUGGAAAUUGUUUGGCUGCAUGGCACUUAUAUCUGGUGAGGUUUGAGGAAACCUGUCUGCUUUAAGAUUACUGCUGAGGACUGACAUAAAUUAGGGCUGAGGUCUCCAGGUCGAUGGGUUGGUUUGUGUCGCUCAUCUGACCAAAUUCCCAUUGGUUGAGUACUACGUCAACAGCCUUUCCUGAUUAAUCCGUUACUUUGAUGGCAGGAGUAAGAUGCUACCUUUGAGCAACAUGGUAUUUUCAAAACACCCUGUAUUUUCAAAAUUUUGCACCUUCUUGGAUACUGGUAACUUAUUUAACAUUUACUGAACAUUUACUCUGAGUUGCCUCCAAACUAAUUGACACCAUGUCACAGCCCAACAACCAACAUGGCAUACGGUCUAAAAAACAGUACGCUAACUUGUGUACAUUUGCAUGUUCUGUCAAUUUUCCAAUACGUUAGACUUAAUAGCUUUUUAACGGCUUGUGCAGCCACUGCUCCAGUGUCUAUUGGCAACAGCUACACCCAGACCAAGCUGGGCUUAAAGCCUCUGCUCUAAUCAAAGCAAGCCAAUAUCAUGAUGGGAAUUAUCGAACUGACACUUUAGAGUUGCCUGAAAUCAUACCUACUUUUAAACCAAUCGGUUGGUUUAAGAGUGUGUCUUGUUAUCUCUAGAUUACCUAAAACAGCUCACCGAGUGCACUCUGCUGGCCUUAUUAGUCUAAAUGAAUUAUUAAACACAAAAAUCUAGUAUUUGCAAUCUAUGACAUGAUGUUAAUCUAUCAUGUACAGAAUCUAUACAAUGCUGUAUCAACUGGUGAUCACAGCCUUCUGUUUUUAGAUUGAUAUUUGACUUUAUGGUGCCCCACAGAUAACAUCUUUGAUAUGGUGUCAAACUGUUUAGUUCUGACCUAAGUAAACAAUCAGUAAAAGACUGCACCAUUAGGUUGAGUGGGUUUAAAGUUGUCAAAACACAGAAGAGUUCAUGGGCAGUCUUUUCCUGCCACUGCCAAAAAUAGUGGGUUAAUCCUGAAAGAAUGCUGAUGAAGUGCUUUCCUCCUUAUGAAAGUUACACUGACGAUUGACUGACCAAUGAGACCUUGGUCAGAUGUGAGUAUAUUGACCAACCAACAAGCCGACCUGAAUGCGACAGUUCUACUUCAAAUGGCUUUCAAUACGAAGGAAUGGCACAGACCUAAAGUUUACCACUGACAUAGGAGACAGCAGCGUUACAUAGGAUCUCGUUAGAUUUUGUUAAACUGGAAUGUCCUUUCAAAUUCUGGCUAGAUUUAUUUUUCUUCAGACUAUUAGGGCUUGGGAUAUGUAUUGCUGGUUCUCUCACCAACUGUUUGGGGUUGGAACAGAAUACGAUCGGAUUCAGAGAUCAAACCCUCCUCAGCAUUGAUUGAAAGAAGCAGCUCAGAGUUAUACCCUGCGUGCAAAUGACAUUAAUCCAGGUCCAUGUGGCCCAAGCAGGACAUGACUGAGUAAUCAGCCACCCAGUGACAUUAUUCAUCACAGUAAUCAAUGCCUCUGCUGCUCGUCUGUGAGGGCAGGGACUGAUGAAUGGAAAAGCACAGAGUGUGUUUUGAUUUCUCACCUCCCUAUUUACAUCAUCAGGUCAAACUGUCCAACACAUGACGUAAAUUUAUUUUUAUAGUUUUGAUUCCCCACUUGGGUUUCAUGAGGAGACAACAAGGAAUAAAUAACUUGAGGAUGAGUCAGAAAAAUGUAACAUUUUACCAAGAAUAGCCUUGUAAUGUCACUGCAGACACUGCUUUCUGCUACAGGACUUGUAAAUAUUAACUGCUUUUAUUUAUGCCAAGACAGUAUGAAUAAUAUUUAACUAUAUUUUUAAAACAUUAUUGUAUGUAUGUUGUUGGCACCUGUAUCUUACGGAAUAAUAAAGAUUGCCGUUUAA